AUGUCCCUUGACCGACUUGAAGUCAAAUUGCCGCCCUUCGUGCCUUCCGACCCCGAACUCUGGUUUUGCAUGGUCGACCGCAGUUUUGAGGCCUACGGAAUUACGUCUGAAUCAACAAAAUUUGGGUAUGUACUAGGCAACCUUGACCCUCACUAUGCGGCGGAAGUGCGUGAUAUCAUUGUCAAUCCCCCGGCGACUGAUCCAUAUGCCACCAUCAGGGCAGCACUCAUUCGUCGGCUGGGCAUCUCCCAAGAAACACGGAUGAAACAACUCCUCGAGCCAGAAGAUUUGGGAGACAGGAAACCCACGCAAUUUCUGUGCCAUCUACGCGGUCUGGCCGGAACCACUAUGUCGGACAAUUUACUGCGAACCAUUUGGUCAAGUCGUCUUCCUCCUAAUAUUCAAGCCAUCAUCGCAACUAUGCGCGAUAAGAAUCUGGAUGAAACAGCAGAGGUCGCCGAUUACAUCAUGGAAGCAACUCAAACACAGUCCAUGAUAGCAGCUACGGCCACACCUACUCUCCAGCACGAUACCAUCCAACAACUGGCCAACAUGGUACAUACCCUCCAGAUGGAUCUGAACAACAUAAGACAACACAUGGCAAGAAAAUUGAAGAACCAACACCGCUCAAAUUCACGCAGUUUUCAACCCCGACAACGUUCCAACCACAACAUUAGGGCAAAUGGUCAAGGGCAAGGCACACUAACGCAUCCCACCAUGACGGAUGACAACAGGAAAUCAACCAGGAAACCACGUAUGGCAACGACAAGGUUUGUUGUUGUCGAGCUGUCUGAGAAUGAGUCAUCAUUUUACAGCUUUUGUGCUGACAAGUUCUUGACAGACUGA